AUAAAUUUCUAACCUCUAUUAUUUUAUUUGUUACAAAUUAUCGAAGAUCAUAUAAAAGAAUUUUGCUUCUAACUAUGCUUGACAAAAUAUUGUACAAUACCGUUCUUUCUCAAACAUUUUCACCAUGUGGAAAAUAUUUAGUAGCCGGUAAUAUUUACGGCCAGUUAGCGGUUUUCGAUCUUGACUGCAUUUUCAAUCCGGUGAUUGAGCUGCUCUCGUCGAAUUUCAGUCAACCAAAGCAUAUACAUAAACUCCAAGAGGGAAACCAGAUUUGCAGUUUAAUUACUGUCGAAAAGUUUUUAAUUGUCGGCACAGUCAAUGAAAUAUCAGGAUGGGAAUGGAAAGCGGUUCUAAAUUCAAAAUUGAACAAACCAUCUUGGACAAUAAAGGUUAACCCAAAUUCUCUUCUAGAACAAUGUGAUGUGAACUCUCUGUGGUACUCGGAAGAAGAAGGGAGAUUAUACGCUGGCUGUGGAGACAACAACAUACACUCAUACAACUUAGAGGAAGGAAGACUUAUUCAGAGCUAUGAAGGCCAUAGCGACUUCAUACAUUCUGUUCAUGGAAAUGGCCAGAAACUGGUAUCCGCAGGUGAAGAUGGCUUAGUCCUGCUGUGGGAUAUGAGGAUGAAGCAGCCGUACAACAGAAUUGAACCCCACACCAACAGCAAGAUAGCUCGCCCUGAUAUCGGGAAAUGGAUUGGCUCUGCUGCUAUGGGCGAUGAUUGGAUUGUCUGUGGAGGUGGACCCAAGUUAUCACUAUGGAACUUACGCUCGUUGGACGCAGUGACGUCAUUUGACCUGCCCGACCACGGCAUCCAUGUCUCAUUCUUCCACGAAGACUGUGUGUUUGCUGGUGGCGCAGCAAAGCAUCUCUACCAGCUCAGCUACUCAGGAGAAGUGAGGGUGGAGCUACCAGUAUCUUCUACGACUGUGUACUCGGCUGUUCUCAGAACGAACCCGCACAAGGUUUUGGCAAUUGCAGGGUCCAGCCCCGAAAUUGACUUCUGUACGUCUUUCAAUUAUAGAGACCAGGUGUUGCAUUUUAGAUAAAGUUAGAUUUAGUUGUAGCAAUUAGUGUUAAGAUUUGGAAUAAAACACACUUUUUGAUAUAA